CGCCCACUUAGGAGCAGUGGGAGGGGUUUCCAGUAACUGUCACUGGAGGGUAACAGACCGGCUAGAGGCUUCCAGAGGAUCGCAUCGCAUCACUUCUGAGGUCAUCACCAUCCUCCGACCUGAUUGGACGAUUCUCCCGCCAUGAAGAUGAAGACGUUUCUCAUCGCUGUCCUCUUCUUCUCCGUCCUCUACAAAGACGUCGCCCCACAACCCGCAUGGCCUCCAAAACCCGCAUGGCCCCCACAACCCGCAGUGGCCCCAAGACCUGAAGUUCACGUACCGGCCUGUGGGCAGCGCCCCGUUCUGGAAGACGCCUUCGGCAUGGGCGGCUCCCGCAUCGUCGGCGGCCAUGACGCUAUGCCCGGCAGUUGGCCUUGGAUUGUAAGCCUCCAGAUGCCCACGGAUUACAGUGGACAGGGGUUCGGUCACUCGUGCGGCGGCUACAUCAUCAACCAAUGGUGGAUCAUGACCGCCGCCCACUGCUUCAAGGGAGCCGGCGAUUCCUACCUGCAAUGGCGGCUGGUGCUGGGGGCCAACCAGCUCUCCGACCUGGGUGGGGAGACCGAGGUGAGAAGGAUCGCCAAGAAAAUAGAACGCGAAGACUACAACCCCCGUUCCGAGGCGAACGACGCGGCCCUCCUGCUCGUCGAUAGCGUCAUCAAAUUCAACGACUACAUCCAGCCGGCCUGCCUCCCCCAGAGGGACGUCAUCCUGGAACAUCUGACGGAUUGUUUCAUCGCCGGCUGGGGCAUGACCAACGAGCAUUCGAGCGAAUCGUCGGACGUCCUCCAGGAGGCCCCGGUUGGGUUUAUAGACCUCCAGACGUGCAACAGUACCAACUGGUACAACGGCGAUUUGGGAGCGUACAAUCUGUGUGCCGGAUACGAGAUAGGAGGGGUCGACAGCUGCCAGGGUGACAGCGGCGGCCCCCUUAUGUGCCGAAGACCCCAAACCAAAGUCUUCUCGGUUAUAGGAGUCACGAGCUGGGGGUCCGGAUGUGCAAGGUUUCGGAGCCCCGGGGUCUACACUUCGGUGCAGUACUUCCUGGAUUGGAUCAUCUCUAACGUGGCUGUAUAGUACCGGCGCCCACCGGAUCCGACCAAUAAAUAUGUAGAUGUGUGCAGUGACCACGCCCCCCGGAGUCCACUUCUGUUCAGGAUUAUCGUUAUGUGACUUGUAAU